GUCUUUGUGCAUAGCAUGAAUAUCCCGGAAUGUUGGGUGUGCCGGCUGUCUGUGUUGAACGGCCUGUCUUGCUUCCUUUCCUGCCCCUGGUCUGGAGUGGGUGGUGGUCUGAAGACCGAGGAGAAUCAUCAGUCAUUCCAAGGACUGGCAGUUUGGGGGGGUCUGGUUGUAUUAUCUGGACUGAAUUAUGUCGUAUGUUGAAGCCCUAACCCUCAAUGUAACUAUAUUUGGAGAGAGGAUUUGUAAGCGGUCAUUAGGUAAAAUGAGAUGAUAACAGGUGGGGCCCUAACCUGAUAGGACUGUGACCUUAGUAAGGGGGAUCAUUCUCUGUCGGGGGAGGAUACAGUGAGAAGGUAACAGUCCGCACGCUGGAAGAGAGCUCUCAUGAGGGACUGAAUCCACCGACACCGUGAUCUUGGACUUCUAGCCUUCAGAACUGUAAGAAAUCAAUGUGUGUGGUCUAAGACUCCCGGCCUCCGUGGUAUAUGCUGCCAUGGCAGCCAGAGCAGACGAAGACCCGGUGUUUCCCAGGAGGAGCGUGUGAAUCUUCACCCCCAUUCUGAGUGAUGCCUGGGCUGCCCACAAACCGGAGAGUUCAGCGGAUGUCAUCCAGAUGAUUAAUAAGAGCAAGUGUGAGCUAAGCCGAUGUCCCAGAUGUGAUGACAGAACUAUGUCUUCACUCUGACAAGAUAUUCCCCUCUGUCUUCAGAGAACGGUCCAUACGUGCUGCAAACUUCUAGCCCUGCAAACCUCUUUUCCAGUGUCUGGCCUGAGGUACCGGGAAGCACAAAUUUGAGCCCUGAGGCACUAGAAAGCAAAACCCGCCCCAGACAAUGGCCACCACACCUGGUCUCCAGCCUCCACCGCCCCUGGACCAAGAUGAGAUCUUGAUCGUGAAGGUGGAGGAGGAUUUCUGCUGGGAAGAGGAGCCCUCCCUGGAGCCAGAAGACCCCAGCCCUGAGACCUUCCGCCAGCUCUUCCGGCUCUUUUGUUACCAGGAGGUGGCGGGGCCGCGGGAGGCCCUGAGCCGCCUCUGGGAGCUCUGCUGCCGCUGGCUGCGGCCAGAGCUGCGCACCAAGGAGCAGAUCCUGGAGCUGCUGGUGCUGGAGCAGUUCCUGAUGGUGCUGCCAGGGGAGAUCCAGGCCCGGGUGCGGGAGCAGCAGCCGGAGAGUGGUGAGGAGGCCGUGGUCCUCGUGGAAGGGCUGCAGCGGGAGCCCAGGAAACAGAGGCAGCGGGGCCUGGAGGUGCUCCCUGAUGAUGUAGCGCCCCAUGGGGCAGGAGAACAGUCCUUGAAACACCAAGUGGAGGCCAGGCCAGAGGAGCUGUCUCCGGAGGAAGGGUCUGGAUGCUCCAGCCAGCAGCCCCCAUCCCAGCGGAGCCGCAGACCAAAGAGGGGCCCCCAGCUCUUGCCAAAGAGGGGCCCAGCGGCCUCCCAGCAUCAGGAGACAGCAACUUCGGCCACGUCCUUCGUUCCGUCAUGGUCCCAGCAGGUGCCAGUGACCUUGGAGGACACGGCAGCGUACCUGUCCCAGGAGGAGUGGGAGAGCCCGGACCCAGCUCAGCGGGACUGUAGCUGGGACGCACUGCCGGAACACAGGGGGCUUGGGCUGCAACUUGAUGGAGAGGACGCCAGGGAGGACGUGUCGAUGAGAAGGGAGCGGGACCGAGAGCCGGCCGGGGUCAUGACCAGACCUGAGCAGCCGCUGGAAAGAGCAGGACCCCGACGAGUCGAAAAGCCAUACAUGUGCCCUGAGUGUGGCAAAGGCUUUAGCAAAACGUCCCACUUGACCAAGCACCAGCGCACGCACACCGGGGAGCGGCCCUACAAGUGUCAGGUGUGCGGGAAGGGCUUCAGUGACCGCUCCAACUUCAGCACGCACCAGAGGGUCCACACGGGCGAGAAGCCGUACGCGUGCGCUGAGUGCGGGAAGCGCUUCAGCCAGAGCUCCAGCCUGGUCAUCCACCGCAGGACGCACACCGGGGAGCGGCCUUACGCCUGUGCCGAGUGCGGGAAGCGCUUCAGCAACAGCUCCCACUUCAGCGCGCACCGGAGGACACACGCGGGCGAGAAGCCCUUCGUGUGCCCAGCCUGUGGCAGGGGCUUCCGCCGGGGCACGGACCUCCACAAACACCAGCGGACCCACAGCGAAGAGCAGCACCCACCGGGCCCACAGAGCCCCGCAACACGGCUCCAGGAGGCCCUCGGGUAGAAGCCUGGCCGCCACUCACUGAGCUACCCGCCUCGGGGGGCCCGGUCAGAAUUUCACGGUCAGAGUUCAUGAAGCUGCUGGAGUUACUCUCUUGGAACCAGAACCCUAACCGAAGGCAUUUCGGAAACACCUCAUUUGCCUCUGCUGGGGGCCCAGCUGAUGGCUGUGGGACGUUUCAGGUGGCCAGGCUGAGGGAAGAAUCCAGGCACUGAGUGUGGCAGUGACAGCUGGACACGGAGCGGGUAGACCUGGGCCGUGGGGCCGCUGUCCAGAUGCGCACAGCCUGGGUGGCUUAGCACCCCAGGGAUGGAUUCUCACUGUUCAGGGGGCCGGAAGUCCGAUUCGAGGCGUAGGCAGGGCUGCUGCUUUCCGGACGCCCUGAUGGGAGUCACCAUCCCACGCCUCUCUUCUGGUUUCUGAUGUUGACGGCGUCCCCAGUGUUCUCACCUUCCGGCCCCUUCGCUCCCGUCUCUGCCUCUCUGCUCUGGUGUCCUAAGGGCACAGUCCUUCGAUUAGGGCCCCCAGUCCAGAAUGACCUCAUCUUAAUUACAUCUGCAAAGACCCUGUUUCCAAAUAAGGGCACAUUCUGAGGUUGUGGGUGGACGUGAAGCUGGGGACACUUUGUCGGACCAUUUUGGGGAAGCCUCAACAGCUCCUGUUUCUUGCAGUGUUAACACACCCUAGCCUUUCCUGGCCUCUCACCUUGCCCUCCAGCCUUGCCACACUCAGUGUGUAGGCCGUGGAGGCUUUUCCGUGUCCCUGUGUUAUCAGCGGGACCGUGGGGGGAGUUGGGGGUCACCUUCACAGAUCCACAGCUGUUCUAAAGGAUGAAUGCCUGGUGUGGGAACACUUCCCUGAUACCCCAUCUUCCAGCCUCCGCAGCCUGUGAGGAAGCCUGUGGAUUUUACCUGUCUUCCCGUCUGUCCCCACGGCAGGAGUCCAUGGUUGUCUUUGUUCCAGCCCCAAGUGGCCAGGACAGAGGCAGCCUUGGCUGACCCACUGGGUCUUUCUGAGGCAGACAGGAAGCUGACGCUCCCAUAGAGGGUCCUUGUUCUAUUUCGUCACUGGAGUUGGGGCAGAUGCUAAAACCCCUUGGUUCUGGAACAUUCCAUGCAGGGAGUGUGGCAGUUUCCCAUGGUGGGGUUGCCUUGGGCCUUGUCUUGUGCUCCAUUCUGUUUGUUACCCAAUCACUGUAGGUAUUUUCCAUCUUUCAGUGUAACCCAGGUUCCAGGAUGUGUGAUUUGUUCUUGGUUCCUUUAAUAAACAAAGUCGGUCCCUCUGGCCUCGUACACUCUGCCCUGUGUGUUUUCCAGAGAAGGGGCCACUCAGUUGAAGCACAGUUUUACUUUCUAGGCCUGCUUCCAGGGCUCGAGCAUGCCUGGCGGUGCCGACCACCCUCCUUCCCUA